AUGUAUGUCACAAGCGAAGAUCAGUGCUGGAAGCUUACGUCUAGCACUUGUGAACUGGUGCCAGAGUUGCAGUGCAACCACGAAGAAGCAGAUACGCGCAUCAUUCUCCAUGCACAACAUGCUAGUGGCAAGUGUGUUGUUCAUUGUGACGACACUGAUGUUCUCAUUAUUCUUCUCGCUCACUCCCAAUCUCUUGGUGAGUGUUACAUCAAGAAAGGAAAAGGUUCACAGUCCAGGAUAAUCGAUUUGUCUCUGAUUGUCGAUUAUUUAAGUAACCAGUUAUUUGACUGCAUUAGCAAAGAGAACUAUCUCAAAGCUCUGAUUGGUGUACACGCUCUGACUGGUUGCGAUACGGUUUCCGCAUUCUGUGGAAAAGGAAAAUGGAAAGCAAUUCAGCUUCUUCAGAAAAAGAAAGAAUACCUCCAUGUUAUGGCGCGUCUCGGAGAAACAUGGGAUUUGUCUGAAGAAGUCUUCCGAGCAACAGAAGCUUUUGUGUGUAAUCUUUAUGGACAUCAAGUUGACAGUGUAGAUCUGCUACGAUAUAAACUUUACUGCGUUAAAGGUGGCAAAGUAGAACCUGAGGCUCUACCUCCAUGCCAAUCAUCCCUGCGCCUUCAUGUUGAACGAUCCAACUACCAAGCAGCUAUCUGGAGAUGUGCUUUGUCUCCCUGUCCAGACAUACCAUCUCCACAUGAACACGGCUGGAACGUAGACAAUGACGUUAUUAACUUCGUAUGGCUAGGUUCAAAACCCGCUCCAGAAGAAGUAUUAGAACUAUUGUCGUGUUCAUGCAAGCGGGCAUGCUCUCUCCAGUCCUGCUGCUGUCUAAAAUCUGGACUGAAGUGCACAGAUAUGUGUUCUCUGCAGUGCGACAACAUGGCUGUUAUAGAUGAAAACAUAACUCCAGACGAAAGUGAUGAUGAAGAUGGAGACUGA